AUGUUGAAGGUGGACACAAACUACGACGAGGAGGUUGUCAACGUGGCGCGAAGCUCUCUCAUCACCUGUUUGGAAAAGAUGUACAGGGAAAAGUACUCCUUUAUGGGCAUGGUCUCGGUCCUGUCGACCUGCGAAGGUCUGGUGGACAGACUCAGGGUGAAGACCAUGGUCAGGGACGUAUUCUUUAGUCUCCUAUCUCAGGUGAUAUACAGGGCCAUGAACAUGGACCCCACUGUGGAAGGUUGUCGUCGCAUGCGGACUUACAGCUGUAGGGGGAACGUUGUCAUAGACACGCGCCUGUAUCCCUACGACAACAUCACCGAAACCACCGGCGUGGCGUACGUGUCGGAGGACGACCUCGAUUCCAGGUUCGCAAACAGGGUCGCCGUGAUUUACGCCGGCAAAUACGCGAGCGAUUACAAGCCCGUUCUAAUAAACACCUGCCUCAAGAAAAUUAAAGAGUUCAAGGUCGCAAACAAAAGCGGCGUCUCCAACCUACACAACGCCGACGGCAUCGGCGCGAACGAGCACACUGUGAGAAGCAUGGCCGAAAAGAGGCGGAGACGGCUCGCGGCCGUAGACAUGAACAACACCAUUGAUUUUUAA